AAGUAAAAUUCAACACAGUUGACGAAUUCUUCGACAAAACAAAUAUAAACAAAGAAAAUGAACAUCUUUGGAAGCGCAGUGUUUCUCAGCUUGGUUUCUGUGAACAUGUGUUUCCUGACAGAACCUUCUUCAGGACAACGAAAGCAAUAUGCCAUGUACGUUUGGCGGGAUGGAUUUGAUCCUAACAUCCCCGGAUGUGGGCAGUCUGAUUUUUUAACGUGGGAUAGCAAGCACAGUCAUUGCUUCACUCAUACCUGGAAUACUGCGACAAAACGACAGUGGUUAUGGGCAACAUGUAAUCUUCCUGGUCGUGAAGUCUCAAGCAUAUUUCUGGCAGACGUAUAUCACAAAUUAAAGACGGGUUUCCUUGCCAACAGCUGUGAUAGAAGCGAUAUUAAUUUAUUAAGAACAACCUUGUUAGAGGGUCAUAAUCACGUGUCCAACUUGAAGAUUUACGCAUUAUUUGCCGCCAGUGAUGCUGAUGUGUCAGAACGUUAUAUGAUUCCAUAUGUUGUCUGGUAUAACGAACAUUGCACACGUACAAACUUGGAAAAGUUUGAUGGCGUUGCCGUCAACAACGAAGCAUACGCCUCCAUCAAAUGUUCCCUUGACGUAAAUCAGAGAAGGACAUUCCUGGACCACCUCCAGGAAAUUCACGACGAGGCACAGAAGCAACAAGACGGGAAAUUAUUGACUCAUUUCUCAGUUAGCUGGCACUGGGGACGUUGUGGGGGACAAAGUCAACCUUUCCUUUGGCGGGGGAAAAUAACGGACGCUUCACAUCACAUGAUUGAUAUAUUCGACAGUAUCGAUGUUCAGGUUGGAUACACAAUAUUCCCACAAAUCAGAGAUAGAAUGGAACUGGCUGGUCGGAAUUAUUCAUCUAUCCUUCACAAAAACAUUUAUGUGACAUUUUAUACCGAUAAGACAGAGCCUUGCCAGAUCACCUUCUUUCCUCAAACUUGUCACUUAAAUGGGAGAUCAGAAUCAAAUCUUUUCAGCAUAAUUGAUCAAUUUCCUCAAAAUGGACUUGGACAAGAACAACCCUGCAUCCAUUACUUUAGGGGUGUAUAUUCCAGUGGGGGCCAUAAAGACUGGCCUGCCCAUUUAUAAGGAUCGGUAUUUAAAAAACUUGAUACUUAAGAACUUUAUGAAAAAUUACAGAUGUACCAAUGAAAUCUGAUCGCGCAUCAGCUCAAUUUAUUCGUCAUCAAAAUGCUAAAAUUUGUAGCAGUGAUGUACAGGUGUGUCAUUCUGUGACCCCCCGGCAAGGAAUAAGUAAAAAGUUAUGCACAAACACAUGAACAGGCUUAAAUUGUAAAUAUGCAAGUACAGUUUGCAUGAUAAUAAUGUUCUUAAAUGCUUAUUCUAAAUUAAAAUAAUUAAUUGUCUUCGUAUAUUUCUUGAUCAAUGAUUGUACAAUGUAGUAAGAGUUACUUCUCUUUGUAUUUAUUGCGAGUAGAUCUUUUUCAUUUGUACUCUAUAUAAUUUCCCAUCUGUAUUGUAUGAUUUUCAUUUGUAUUUUGUUUUGAAUGUUAUUUGUAUUGUAUAAAUUCUUUGUAUUCUUUAA